AUGCAUCUUGUUCCCCGGAAGCACUUCUCCUCCCUGGACACGUUCACUGGAGCUCACAGCCGUGGCAGCUGCCUUUUCUCUUCCGGUGAGCUCACGGCAGAAAUGGGACCCAGCGCGACUUCUGUGGGGGAGUCUGAAAACCACAAAAUGUUUAAAACCAACGGAGAUGCGGUAUCUUUACCGAAACAUUCCUACUGGUUUGACUUCUGGGUCUUUGUGCUGUUCGACAUCGCGCUAUUCAUCUUCAUAUAUUUCAUAGUCCCUUAA